UUGGUCAAUGAAACCUUAGCAUACGUACGUACUAAACAAAGCCGAAGCUAUAUAUCGAUACCUCACUAAUAAAUCUCAGGCUGCCUUAACCCCUAAACCGACCACAUUUCCUUUGUUCAUCAGACAACGCAUGAGUUUGGGUAUGUGAGCGCAAACAAACCCAACCAAAAAGCCGAGCUGCAAACCGUUUGGUAGACCCUCAUGUGUUCCUUACGUACACUUGCUAUUCCUGGCGCCGUCGUUCCCAACACUAGUACGUACUACAGAUACAUCCAUGUUUCUUUCUCCACCGACUUUUACAUCAGAAAAGGUAUGAUACCGCUCCUUCGGCGAAUCACUUUAUUAAAACACCAUCCUCAAGACAAACGGCCGCCUCAAAUAGUUGCGAGCCGACAACUUCCACUGAAAGCCAACUAUUCCAUUUCGUAAAAGCACCUACAUAGUCAUCGUAGGAAAAAAGAAAAUGCCGUCUCGUACUAGUCGUCCGAGACUCUCCAUCUUCCCUCGGGUUUCUACCACCUCGUAUACCCAGCCAUCAACACCCCGUGCUCUUUCCCCACCGGCACGUAUCCGGCUGCGCUCUCGUCUCCCUCCGUCACCAACUCUUGCUACGCCACCUCCCCCACCGCCGCGUCCGCCCAUCGCAUGGAUUUGGCAAUGUCACUCGUGUCUAGCAGUCUACCAACUGGCCAUCACCCGGCGCUGUCUAAUUUGUUCGCACAUCUUUUGCACUUCCCGCGACACCGCACCGGAAACUUCGGCUAGCCACAGCCGAAAGCGACGCCGAGGCACCCAAAACUGCCGUUCGCAGUUUGACUACGGUGGUUGGACAGCAUGGGGUCAGUGGCGCCGCAAGUUACUCGGCAUCGAGGUGACUGGGCCCGAGGGGCAAAAGAUGAGGGAGAGCGUGUUUGUCAACCGCACGCACGACUGCUUCACUGACUGCGAUUAUCCCUGUCAGUGCGCUUUCCAGCACUACCGUGUCAAGGAAGAGAUGCGGGAGAAGGUAUGGUUGCCGAUGGUACAGGACGAGGUAGAGUCGGACGGGGAUAAGCAGCUGGACGUUUCUAGGCCAUGGGCUAGGUCAGGGGAUGAGUUGGAGAUGAAUUGAGGCAGUUGCCGCAGCUAUGGAGCUGUAUUUGCAGGAUCUGCAUGCCGAAAGGGAGUACCAGAAGAGCCCCACUGGUACCAAGAGCCUGUUAAGCUAGAGCAGUUUUCUUCUGGGACGGACCGACUAGAGGGAUGUGGUUGAAAAGGAGACUGAGCA